AUGUCAUAUGCAGAUGAUAUUCCGUUUGUUCAUGGACUUGAUUUAUGUGAACGAUUCUUUUUCGAUAUUGUUAAACCAUUACUUGAUGAACAUUAUUCUUCACUUGAAUAUGUAGCUUGUCGUUUAGGACCUGGUUCUGAUGUACUUAAUUUUGAUACAAUUCAAUCGCGAGAUCAUGAUUGGGGACCAAAAUUAGAUAUAUUUCUUGAAAAUGAACAAUAUAUUGAUGAAUUAAAUCUAUUUUUUAUGAAAAAUCUUCGUGAUAAAACGAUAUGUGGUUAUUCUACACAAUUUCAAGCAUUUACUGAGCAAGAUAAACAAAUAACUCUUAUAAAUGUUUCAAAUAAUCAAGAUAAUACAUGUCAUGGCCUUCGUAUAAUGACAAUGAAACAAUUUUUUAUUGAUUACCUAAAUUGGAUAAUUGAUAAUGGUGAACCAACAUAUCAAGAUUGGUUAACAUUUCCAAGUCAACAUCUAUUAACUAUUGCUCAAGGUCAAGUUUUUCAUGAAUCAAACAAUAUCAAAAUUAAUCAUAUACGAUCACAACUUGCUUAUUAUCCAAAAGAUAUUUGGUUAUAUUUAAUCGGUUGUUGUUGGCAACGUAUUGGGCAAGAAGAACAUUUAAUGGGUCGAGCUGGACAAGUCAAUGAUGAACUCGGUUCAUCAUUAAUUGCAAAUCGACUUAUACGUGAUAUAAUACGACUUAUUUUUCUUUUAGAAAAACAAUUUUAUCCCUAUGCAAAAUGGUUUGGUUCAGCAUUUCGGCAAUGUACUACGUAUGGUUCGCAGUUUGAACCUAUACUUCGAAAAAUUCAACUGGCAACUAAUUGGAAAGAACGUGAAAGCCACCUUAGUAUAGCUUAUCAACAAUUGGCAGUGAUUACCAAGGAAAAAUUAUUUCCUACAAUAGACUCAUCAAUAAUAACUAUUCCUACUGAAACAACACAAUUUCAUGAUAGACCAUUUCAAGUAAUUAAUGGAGGAAUGAUUGCUGAUAUUAUUUUUACACAAAUAGAAGAUAAUCAUAUUCGACAAUUACCAAAAAUAGGUAGUAUCGAUUUAUUUAUCGAUAAUACAGAUGCUAUGUUGCCUGAAUUACGUUUAAAAAUAAAAAAAAUCUUUGAAUAA